AUGGGGAAGAAAAAAUACGUCUACCUCCAGCUAUCAAUGAACAACAUCGUGCUGGGAAAGGUAUACUUCCAGUUGUUUGACGACUCGGAGGUGAAGAAGUCCGUAGAGAACUUCCUCUCUCUGUGUAGAGGGAACAAGUACCACAGCGUGUAUUCAGGGGAACCCCUAUCAUAUAAGCACUGCAUUAUCGAGAAAGUGAAAAAGAACAAGUGUAUAAAGAGCGGCUACCUACGAUGCAAAGUGACGCAUGAUAGCAAGGGGAAGGUCAUCGCUCCCUCGACUCGGACAAACACUCAGGAAAAGUACGAUCAGGUUGAAUCCAUUUUCGGCCCGACUUUCAAGAAAGAGAGUUCCCAAAGGAGACAUACAAAUGCAGGGCUCCUCACCAUGGUCCAGGUGGGGCCCAAACGUUGCUCCUCUAUCUUUAAGAUUACACUAAACUCGGUGAACAAAUACAAUGGAAAGAAUACCAUCAUCGGUCGAGUCGUUAAGAAUAUGCAUAUCUUGAGGGCCAUCGAAUUGAUUCCUGUGACGAAGAACUUCGAACCGAAGAUCUGUAUUUAUAUUUCUGAAUGCAAUGAGGUGAGUGAGGCUAUCUUCAAAGGGGAACGCGUCUCCUCCAGGCAGCAGUAUAUUGAUAGCCUCUUUGCAACUCCGGGCACCGCCGACGCGAGAGACAGUGACGAAGCUAGCGAUGGGGGCAGUGACGAUAGUGCUGCACCCGCUCAGGGGAAGCACAGGGACCCCCUCAGGAAUAUCUUCUCUAAGGGGAAAAGGGGGAAGACAGAAAAGACGGAGAAGCAGAAGGGAAUCGAGCUGCUCAAUCGGAUCCUCUCCGACAUCGACAAACUCGCGAGGGGGGAAGCGGUGCAAAGGGGGGAAGCAGCGCAUAAGGUGGAAGCAGAACAUAAGGUGGAAGCAGAACAUAAGGUGGAAACAGUGCAUAAGGUGGAAGCAGAACAUAAGGUGGAAGCAGUGCAUAAGGUGGAAGCAGUGCAGAGGGGAGAAGAAACACAGAAGGGAGAAAUACAGAGGGGAGACGCGACGAAGUGCCCUCCGCGCAGAAUGACGGACAGGGAGAGGAGGCUGCUCGAAAUUCAACUCAAGAUAAACCAGUCGAAGGGGCUGAACGCAAUGGAGGCGAACCGGGAGAGGUUGACGGGGCACCUCCCGACGCGAGGCACCUCCGCAGUGAAGACAGACGAGUAUGCUUGCUACCAUUAUGAGAAGAAUGCCAGUGUUACCAAUACAUGUGGGAAGCGGCCCACACACCCAGAAGAGAGCGGCCCAGCAAAGGGGAACGAUCCACCCAAUGGUGAUGACCCCCCAAGCAGUGGUGACGAUAAAGAAGACGCCCCGGUCAUCUAUACAACCAGCGCUGCUCAGGCAAAAAGCGUCUCCAAAAGGAAAAACAAAAAAGACCUAAUCGAAGUUGACAGGGAUACGCGAUUUUUCAAAAAAAUGAAAUUCAACUUCUCUAUAAAUAGGAACCUAUAUGAUGAGAAAAAGAAAAAACUGGGCAACAGUUUCUACGGACAGGACUUGCUAAUGACAGACUCGUCCAAGUGCACCGAGAGUGACAAGAAUAAAGUGAUCUCCUUCUGCAAGAAGCAGGAGAUCGUCCGCUCCAAGCUCAGUCGGAAGAGAAAGCACGAUGAUGGGGUCUUUAAAAAUUACAUCAACAUGAGGAACAAAAUGUAUAACAAGAAGCUCGACCGCUACUUCAACCAGCACACGGCCGAAAUCAGGCAGAACUUGGAGCGGGGAGGUUAG